AGUAAGUUGUCAGACUGCAGAAAUGUAACAGGAGAUGGUCAGAGACUAUAGACCUAGCACCCUAGCUAGGAGGGUGCAACAAACAUGUAACAAGGUGGUCAGUUGUUGCGGACAUGCUAUACGAUAUGGUAAGAGACUGCAGACAUGUAACAGUGAAUGGUCAGAGACAGCAAACAUGUAACAGGAGAUGGUCAGAGACUGCAGACAUGCUACAAGAGAUGGUUGGAAACUGCAGAGAUAUAACAGAAGAUGUUCAGAGACUACAAACAUGCUACAGAAGAUGGUCAGAGACUGCA